GUGGUGUGGUGUAUGGUGUAUGGUGCUUAUUUCUUCGCGCUUCGCCAUCGCCUCGCUUACGAUUACUACACUCGUAGUGCUCGUUUAUAGCUCACAUCAGCUCGGUGGAAUCGACAUGCGCGCUCGCGGUCGUCGUCUCCUUAUUCGUAUUGACAUUCGAGUUUACUGAUAACAAUUAUACAGUAUGUAACUGCUGAUAAGUAUCUCUCACUGCUUGGUACUCGUUGUCGCAAUUACUACUACAUUAUACCAAUUUACACCUGUGUGUACCUAUACGUUUACCGUGUCCGCGAAUCUACACCUGACUAUCUUUAUACGAGUAAUAACGUUCAAACUGCCAGAAAUUGUGCGAAAAAAAAGUGAUGUUGCGCCGUCGCAUUGAAAAUUGGAUUAUUUAAUAACUACACGAAAAGAUUAACGAAAGUGAACUUAUAUACAUAAUAAAGCAGCACUGCGGAAGCAAAUUUUGUCAAAUCAGCGCGCUUUCUCUCUUUUUCUACGCUUUGGAUUUUGUUGCGGAUGAUUCCAUUGUUGCAGUUUACCCGCAAAAACGAGAAAUUGGACUGCAAAUUUUCGAAUUCACUUGUACCAGUGGACAGAUUUCAACGUUGUGACAAGAAUUAAUCAUGCGAUAAUUUAUUUAAUUUUCGAGAAUUUGGGAUACAAGUGUGUUUCCCUGAAGAGUAUAGGUUAAGGUGCUAUUUGCGAAGAUGGAUUCAGAAAAAUGUAAACCUUUUGUAAAAUCAGGCGCUGACGACGAGAAACAUGACGAUAACGCUUUCAACGUAGAAUGCAAAACGUACAAGAAACGAUGGCUAAUUUUGGCAUUAUUUUGCAUGUGUUCGGCGUGCAAUGCCAGUCACUGGAUACAGUAUGCCAUAAUCACGAAUAUCGUCAGCCGGUAUUAUAAUGUGGACAGCGUGUUAGUCGAUUGGACUUCUAUUAUAUUUAUGGCCACAUACAUACCGUUGGUGUUUCCGGCAUCGUGGGUUUUGCAAAAAAAGGGAUUACGAGUAGCAGUCAUCAUGGGAGCUGUUUUACUAGCGAUUGGAUCAUGGAUAAAAGUAUUCUCUGCCCAUCGAGAUCGAUUCGACGUAGCAUUCACCGGACAAACGAUAGUCAGCAUAUCACAAAUGUUCACCCUGGGUGCUCCUGCUCGACUGGCUGCUGUUUGGUUUCCACACCAUCAGGUAUCUUCAGCAACUGCUAUCGGUGUAUUUGGAAAUCAGAUCGGAAUCGCGAUUGGAUUUCUCAUUCCACCUAUGAUCGUUCAAGAGAGCAAUGAUAAUCAUCAAAUUGGAAAACAAUUUCAUAUGUUGUACUUGGGAACUGCCAUCGCAUCCACUGUUAUAUUUCUUUUGAUUUUGAUGCUCUUUGAAGCUGCUCCCGCUUGUCCACCUAGCAUUGCGCAAAAACUCGCCGUCAUCAAGAAGAACAGAGCAGACGAGAAAUCUUUCUACACCUCUCUGAAGCAUUUGAUAUGUAAUUUCGAUUUCGAUUUACUGUUGACUAGUUACGGAUUCAACAUCGGAGCUUUUUACGCUUACUCUACGCUUUUAAAUCAACUCAUCACUGCUCAUUUUCCAAUGGGUAAUGAAUUUGCUGGCAGAGUUGGCUUAACAUUGAUCAUCGGAGGUGUUCUCGGAUCGUUGUUAUGGGGCAUUGUUUUAGAUAAAACGCAAAUUUACAAAGGAACAACGGUACUGAUUUAUUGCUUAUCCACGUUGGGAAUGGCAGCUUUCACCUACACCCUUCAGCAAGAAUGGCAAGCUAUGGUUUACGUUACAUCUGCAUUCUUAGGAUUUUUCAUGAACGGUUACCUGACAGUAGGUUACGAAUUUGGAGCAGAAUUGACUUACCCAGAAAGCGAAGCCACAUCAUCUGGAUUAUUGAACGCCAGUGGCGAAUUAUGCGGCGUUAUCGCAGUUCUCGUGGCUGAAAUAAUUUUAAAACGUUUCUCUGCAUUAGCCACCAACAUUUCUCUAGUCAUAAUGUUAUUAAUUGGCUUAUUUUUAUGCCUGUUUAUCGACGGUAAAAAAUUGAAACGAUUAGAAGCCAGUCAGCAACCAGAUAGAAGUAACAGCGUGCUAUAACCUGAAUAAUAUUUCGAUAUUUCAUUGUAGAAGUAUUAAGUAGGUACUUAAGUACAAAAUGAGCUCAGAAUUUGUUUCGGUAUCGAUCUGAGAUGAAUAAGGCUAGAACUACAGUACCUACCUAACCAGUAUAGGUGAGAUUCUAUGUAUGACUGUGCUCAUUAACAUUUGUAAUCAGUUACUUACAUAUCUAUCUAGUUACCUUUUAUCUACCUAUUGUAUUAUUCCAAGUUGCCAAAAACACUGAGUAGGUUUCUUUAAGUUGCAAUCCGGGGAGAAAAGAAAUGG